AUGGGAAACGAGUGGAAGAUGUACUUUAUGAAGAAAUCCUGUGGUCUUCACUGGCCUCGAAUCGAGUACAAGCCUGUGAUGGGGAACGCGUCACGCUGCACUGCCCCCGUCAUACACAUAUUCACGUUGAUACCGGGUUCUACGGACGAGUUGUCCCGCCAUCUGAAUUAUGCCCAAAUCGACAGCCCGCUUCCGGAGCCUCAUCGCCCUUUGCGCCGGCGCUCGGCUGCGAUG